GAGUCAUUACCUUUUCUGGAAAGGAUUAUAAAUUACUGGGAGUGGAUUUGUCAGAGCUGUCUCAGCUGGAGAGAGCCCGUGGAAUGGACAGUGAAAUGCCCACCCUCUUUGUAGCAGAGGUGGUGCUCACCUACAUGGAAAAUAGCAGGUCUGAUGCCCUGAUUCAGUGGGCAGCAGAGCAUUUCUCUCGGGUGUGCUUUCUGCUGUAUGAGCAGAUGCACCCAGAGGACCCCUUUGGACAUGUCAUGCAGCAGCAUUUUAACCAGCUGAACUCUACACUUCAUUCUGUGGCACAGUACCCUGAUUGUGAGGCACAGCAGAAGCGCUUCUUGACAAAGGGCUGGACUGAGUGCAGUGUCAUGGAUAUGAAUGAGUUUUUCACCUGUUGUACUCCAGAAGAUGAGCAGCAAAGAGUGCAGGCUCUGGAGCCUUUUGAUGAAUAUGAGGAAUGGCAUCUGAAAUGUUCUCAUUACUUUGUCUUGACUGCAUCAAAGGGGAUGGAACCUUCCUGGACGCCGUUGUUACCCAGCAUGACAGUUCCUCAUGGUGCUGUUGGGAUGGCUGGGAGUGUCCCUGCAGUGUGUGUGAUGCGCUCUGACACUUCUGGCCUGAGACGUUACGGUCACCGCUCUGUUCUUCUAAAACCCGAUGUGAUCCUCGUCACUGGAGGCUUUGGGGAGGAGGAUGGACAACACUGCCGGAUGAGGAAUUUUCAUGUGCUAAUAAAACAUGCAGGCUGCUGGAAAGCUGGCUGUGUGAAGAAAGAAAAUCUUGAUGAGCGGCUGUACCAUACUGUGUCAUGUGUCUCCAACAGUCUGGCCCUGGUGGUAGGAGGACGAACAUCCCCAUCGAGUGCAGGUUUGGGAAUGUUGUGGCUGAAGUUCCAUGAAACCUGUAAUGCCUCAGACCCAGGUGACGUUACAGUGGAGCUUCUAAGUCUGCAGCCUGCUGCUGAGCCAGCUGCUUUGCGUUGGAGACACAGCACAACUGAAGUGAUGUUCAAAGGUAAAAAACCCAGAAAUGGCUGUAGGCAUGCCGAA